AUGCUUGCUUUAUUUGUUUGUGUUUGUCUGUGUAUCACACACAACACAGGAGUCAAGUCAGUGCUGAAGAAUGUCUAUUUCAUCAAGCUUUUUCUUCUAAUACCUUUCUUCUAAUAUUUUUUAUUUUUUUGCUGGUGAAGGGUGAAAACUGAUUUACAACACCAUGGAUUUCUUCCAGACCGCCCUGCGCUUUUUCACAAACCAGAAGAACACCAUUGGCUACAGCUUCAUGGCUCUCAUGACUAUUGGGGGAGAGCGGAUUUUCUCCAUAUUCACCUUCCAGUGCCCUUGUAAUCGCCAACAAAACUUUGUCUAUGGCCUGACCUUCCUGCUGAGCCCCGGGCUGGUGCUCCUGGUCUUGGGUCUCUUUUUCAGUAGUAAACUGUGGCGUCUCUACACUGGCUGCUGCCUUAACCCCAUGAAGCUAUGCGCCAAGGGCAACUAUUGCAAUUGCUUCCAAGAUUUGUUCAAGAUCUUCAUUGGGGCCCUUGUUGCCCCUAUCAUGUGGCUCUGUGUGGCACUGUUGAAUGGGACAUUCUACACAUGUGCUGUCAGUGGAAUGGAUGAACAUUUUGUUUUGAAUCUGUUCUGUAAAAACAAGACCAUGAGGUGCCAGCAAGAGCUGGCUCGUGUACCCUGCAGAAAGUCCAACUUGUCUGCUGAUGAAAACAUGGAGUUGUUGCUUAUGUUACAGAGUCAAUCGCAGAUACUUGGCUGGUGUAUCAUCAUCAUUUCAGUCGUAAUAGGCUUCCUUGGGACCUGCUACUCCAACUGUCGCUCUGAGGUCAGCUACCUGCAGCUCACCUUCUGGAAGCGCUACAUUGAAAAGGAGAAUGAGCAGUUUGACACCUUCGCUGGAGAGUAUGCCUCCAAGCUGGCGGAGAGGAAUUCCCGGAGCUUCUUUGAGAUCUGUGAACCUGAGAAAUUCCCAUUGCCCAACCACAAAGCUUGGGAGGAGAUUUCAACCCUGUAUACCUUCUCGAAUAGCGAGCAGUACUACAGCACCCUGCAGAAGUAUGUGGAGCGCGGUCAUGGCGAAAGCCCUAAGAGACCAGUCCUUGACCCAUAGAUGGGCUGAAAAAGCUUCUCCUCCUGAGAAGAGUGCAGAUUUACAUAAUAUUCUACAACUUUUUUUUUACAGCCCUUUUCAUUGGUAAUGUAUGCUUUUUUAUUUACUAUAUAUUGAUGCAGUAUGUAUGGAACUGUAGAACUUGGACUGAAGAAGCAUUUCUGUCUCUAUUUCCUUGAAAGCAAUGUGGCACCACUAAGAAUUUUACUAGCAUGGACAAAGAUAUGAUUACCAAAGAAUGCAGCAAUUGCAGAAGUGUCAAAACAAUGUGGCUUCCUGCCUGCUGAAAGUUUGUAUUGAAUUUGUAAUAUCCAAUGGUAAUUUAUUGGACACAAGCAGAUAAAAUGUUCCAUUUACAACGGAUGACUUAGUUGUAACUUGCCAUUUGUUUGACAUGUACAUAUAUAAAUCCAAAUUGGUGCAUAAUCAUCACCAAAUAUUUGCCAAUAUUUCUGUUCUUUGGUUGUUGUAUUAAAUUACAUUGCCUCUCAAGAGAAUUCACCACAUUGGACUUUUCCAGAUUUUAUUGAACAUGAAAUCAAAAUGGAGUGUUUGGCACUGAUCAACAUAAAUGUCAAUAAAGUCAGAGUGAAAAAUCUAAUCUGUAAAUUAAUUACAAAUAUAAAACAGAAAACAAUUUAUUGCAUAAGGAUUCAUCAACAGCGAUGACAACAGACGGAGCUGUGUUGCAAUCAACUG